CCGUUCGAUCCGACUACGGUCUGUCCCGCCUCCAAGCAGUUUUUCUCUGUGGUCGCGACAUCGGAUACAAGGAAUCCCGCCGGCCAGCCAUAUGUUCUCGUGCACAUGACGGCCCUCGGUCACCGCGCCCUGGCGGCCAUGUUGACCAACGACACCCAGCGCGCGGUCUAUAUGUUCCCGGUCUACCCGAUCUGGCUCGCGCAGGACAGUAUCUUCGUGGAUCAGCUCCGAUCUUCUCCCUGCCGCCUGGUUGAUGCCCUGCUGAUUGCCAGCCGCGGGCCUUUCGCCAUGGACCCCUGCACGCACGACACUGGUGCGGUGUUCCGCGACUCGUUCCAGCUGCCCGGCUACUGG